AUGGCUCCGACCAUACUUGUCCCGACCCAAGCACGGAGCUGGCUCUCCGCUGCGCCGCACGUCGCGCGCCUGUCCGCGACUACGUCCUCGGCCGUGCUCCUUUCCCGCCGCGACCUCAGCGUUAACGACGCCCAGAAGGUCACGCUGGGCAUCAUCGCCGCAUACAUUGUCGCCAUCGCCCUACUUUGGAACCUGCCAUACGUGCGCUGGGUGUUAUGGCCGUUCAAGAUGCUCGUCAUCGCCUUCCACGAGUUCGGCCACGCCAUCACCUGCGUCCUGACCGGCGGGCACGUCAAGUCGAUCUCGCUGGACCCGCGCGAGGGCGGCGUGACGCACAUGCAGGGCGGCCGCAACGCCGUGACGCUGCCCGCCGGUUACCUGGGCUCGUCGCUGAUCGGCGCCCUGCUGACCUUCGCCGGCUUCAACAUCAACGCGAGCAAGAUCGCCAGCAUCGCCGUCGGCGCGUGCUUCCUGCUGACCCUGUGGUGGGGCCGCCGCGACUGGCUGACCAUCGGCACCGUGCUGGCCGCCGUCGGCCUGCUCGUGGCCUGCUGGUUCAUCGCCCACGCCGAGGCCCUGCGGUUCGUGGUGCUGUUCAUUGGUGUCAUGAGCUCGCUCUAUAGCGUGUGGGAUAUCUGCGACGAUCUCAUCCUGCGAAAAGUCAACAGUUCCGACGCGAGCGUCUUUGCCCAGCGCUACGGCGGCUCUUCCCAGUGCUGGGGCGUCAUCUGGUCCAUCAUCUCGCUGGGCUUCAUGGCUUGCGGCAUGGUGGCCGGCAUCGCCGCGUUCCCGCAAUCUGCCGCCCAGCAGAGGGAGGACUCGCAGCACUUCAUCCCCACAAAGUUCUAG